UCUGCGUCGAUUCGUAGGGUAUUUUCAAUGGGAACUUAUCACUGCAGCAACAACUGUAGAGAAAGAUGAUUUUGUACGUUCUAUUAUUGAUCGCAUUUUUUAUUUAUUUUUGGUGUAAAGUGAGGUACUACACGUAUUGGAAAAAUCGUCAUGUGCCAUACGAGAAACCAAUGUUUCCUUUUGGAAGUAUGCUGAAAGUAUUAACUAUGCAGCGUAAUAUAUCAGAGGUUUGCUGCGAUUUGUAUCGGAAAUACAAUCGAUAUCGAUACGUGGGUUUUUUUAACAUGUGGUCACCAGCAAUUCUGGUAUGCGACCCGGAAAUCAUAAAAGAAGUACUAAUAAGACAAUUCAGAAGCUUUGGCGUUUGGAUUCAUGUACCUCACAAUGUGGAUCGUACGCUAUCGUUAAAUCCCUUUGUUCUGGACGGGGAGGUAUGGAAAGAUGUGAGAGGCAAACUGACCUCACAGUUUACUGGUGCAAAAAUGAAAAACGUUAUUCCGAAUAUGGUACAUGUUAAUGGCAGAAUGAUGGACUACAUUAAAGGUCAACUAAGAGAAUCCUGUGAUGAGAUUAAUGUGGGAGAUUUGUCCCUGAAAUUUACGGGCGAAAGCGUCUACCAUUAUGCUUAUGGAGUCGAUGGCGGAUCGUUCAGUGAUAAAUGCCCGCAUCCACUGGAAGUUGCUGAACAGAUUUGUACUAGAAACCAACUGGGCAAAGUAAAGCAAAUGAUUGCAAUGAUGUUCCCUAGCCUUGGAAACCUAAUAAAAUGCACUUUCAUAGGUGGACCCAUUACGAGUAGCUUUAAAGAAAUGAUACUAUCUGUAGUCAAGUACCGAAAAGAUAAUGGGGUAACCUCUAAGAACUAUCUGGACCAUUUGAGUGAAUUGAAAUCAAUGGGAGUACCUCACUUUACAAGUGAAGACCAAUUAGUGAGUCACGCUUUUACGUUUUUUCUCGAUGGUACCGAAACGACCGCGAUAACCUUUUCGUGUACUUUACUGGAGCUCGCAAAAAAUCCGGCCGUUCAAGAGCAAGUCAAACGUGAAAUGGAACGCUCACUGAAACGACAUAGUAACGAAAUCACUUACGACGCUCUGCAAGAAUUAGACUACACUGAAUCAGUGAUUUACGAGACCUUAAGGUUAUACACUGUGAUACGAUUGAUGGGACGAGUUUGCCUGGAAGACGUGACGUUGCCCUCCCCAUUCUUCGGGAAGGAUGGGGAACAUGUCAGGAUCAGCAAAGGCACGCAAAUAUUUAUGCCAAUGGAAGAAAUGCAUCGAGAUGCCACACACUAUCCUAAUCCGACCGAAUUCAAUCCAGAUCGUUUUCAGGAUAACACUCAACGUUCAAUUUUUAUGGGAUUUGGCGACGGACCAAAGUUAUGUUUAGGCAAACCAUUUGCAAUGGCGGCGAUCAAGAUGGGAUUAAUAGCAAUUUUGUCUGACUUUACAGUAGAAUUAAGCGAGAAAAUGGAUCGUCCGGUGAAAUCGGGAAAUUGUAACAUAUUCUAUUCACCAGAACCAGAUAUUUGGCUAAAGUUUGUGAAGGUGUAAUGUGUUUCUAAACACUUAUUUUUGCACAUAAACAGUAAUUUUAGGGAGUGGUGGGUGUUAGCAGCAACCAUGUCAUAAGCUGUACUAUUUUAUUCAUUUAUUAUUAUUAUUAUUAUUAAACAGUAGAUUAUUUCAUGAGCCCCUUCAACAAAGUUCAAAAAGUAAGGCGGUACAAAGAUACAUUUAAAAAAAAAACGCAUUUUUUAAUUCUAAUUCUAAUUUAUAAGAGUCAGUCACAAUCAAUAGUUAAAUUUUGAUUCCAGGCCCUAUAUAUUUUAUUCUGGGUAAAGUAAAAGUCAAAUAAAUAUCACCAUGAA